AUUUUAGAUGUUGUUUACAAUCACAAUUAUUUACCAUUUAUUUAUGUGGCAUUUUUACGGUACGCAAUUCCUAAUAUCAUGAGAAAGAUAUUAGGAAGAUAUAUUUUCUUCAAUAAACCAUUCAUAAAAAUUGCGAUAAGAAGCAUUUACAUCUCCCAACGAUCUAUUGAAUUAUUUACGUUUUAUUUCUAAUAUUUUAUAAUAUUUCAUUAUAGACUUGUAUACACAGACAAAAAAAGAACAAUAACAAUUGAAGGUCAAAAAGCCACUAUAGUUAAUGUGUACGUUUUAUUUUUUAUCGAACAAUUGUUUAAUUAUUUAUUUUUAUCUCAAAAGUUAAUAAUUUACACGAUUAUGUAAUAAUAUAAUGUUACAAUAUAAAUGAUGUACAUAGAAUAAAUACAAUAAAAUUUGCGCGUAUUGUAACAUUAUAAAAAGGGAGUGAUUUUACUUUUUCAACAUGACUGUUUCAAAUAUCACGAAAUAUAAUAAAAUUGUUUUAAUUUCUUCUUAUUACAUUCUUAAUUUAUCAAAUAUAAUUAUCUAUACCAUCUAUAACUAAUCAUGUACAUAUAGUUUCAAUACCGCAAGUUAUGUCAGAUAGAUUAGAGGUGAUUUGAAUGCCAGUAUAGGACAAUGACUUCAAUGCCUGCAUCUAUUGAGAAAGGUACGCUCUCAUGCCAUUCGUCUUUUACGUAAAUUAUUUGUUAUCUUUCAGAUAUAAAACUUAAGUCAACGAAAAAAUCUCUAGAUAUGAUCUUUGUGAUCUUUAAUUUUAUAAACAAAACUUUAUCGAUCAAAGAAAAUUUUCAAGAGUUUUAAUUAUGUGUACAAUCGAAAUUUUCUCAUUUUCACAAAUGACUAAGAAAUUCCAAGACAAGUACGUUAUUCCGUAAAUUCGUACCAUUGUCACGAAAUAAAAUACCGUACAUGAUUAUAUACGGUAUAUCUUUUGUCGUUACCGUUACAAUCGAGACCAAGUUGCACUUCCUGCUAACUCCACAGGAAUACAAAUUGGCAACUUGACACGAUGGCUAGUUUGUAACCGAAUCUUCUCUCGUAUUUUCACUGUAAAUAAUAGUUGAAAAUCCUAGUACUGAUAUAUAUCGCAGGAUAGUGUAUAUGUUACUUGAGCAGCAUUUUAUUACACAGAAUCGUCAUAUAAGAAUCCUGCUGAUCCUUUUACCAUUCUUUCAAUGUUUAACUAUAAAACAGGUGGUUAUCCUUUUGCCAAAAAGGUAUCUGUAUAUAAAAUUCUUAAAGAUAAAUAUUCCAGAAAUGUGAACGUUUAAACGAUUAAUUUUGAAAUUCAAAAAGUCACGAAACUUCGUAUGCGAGUGGUAUAGAUCAUUCAUAAUACAAACUUACUUUUCAUUGCUACGAUAAUUCAAAUUGUAGAGAUUGAGUCACCUCUUGAAGAAAAUACAGAGCUUUCUUGUGAAUUAUCGAGAGAAUAGUGAUAGAUAUCAAAAGUUAUUAUAUUUAAAUUAUUAUUCAUAUAAACUUCAUACGACUUUCAAUUAUUUGAGCAAAGCAACACGCACUUACAAUUGCAUUGAGGAUACAAUUCUUUGAAUCACAUUAAUACCAAUAACCUUGUACUACUCAUAAUACAAUAAUUCGCACAAUUAUUUAGAUAGCACUAUCAUAUAUGUGAAUUUUACAUAUACAUAUAUGCGGUAAUUUUAUUCGAUAUACAUACUUGCAUAUACACACCUAUAACCAUAAACAUGCUAUAUGCUCAAAAGAUACAGAGAGAGAGAGAGAAAUAGAAGAUCUUUUUCUCGUUAGAAUAAUCGCACGAAAUCGAUCACAAGAAAUUAAAAAAUAAUACAAAAACCAACCAUACGUGACGUAAAGCACGUGAAAGCAUACUAAUCCCCUAUACCGUUGAAGUAGUAAUUUAGAAGCUAUUAUAGAACAUCAUCUUCAAUCUCGUUGCGUCAUGAUAAUACUUUCCCCGGCUGUGCCGACCUUGCUCGUCUUUUUCCUUUCGUGCCCGUUUGGUUUCUGGCCGGAUGUGAAUUAGUUCGGAAUCGACGAUACGUCGAUUCGCAAAGGUCGCCUGUACCCGGUAAGGGUUAACGAACGUAUCCCGAUAGGAUAAAAUCGACGUCGAAAAAAUGUUUACGAAGGUCCUACCGAAGGACGCGGCCGUGUUAUGGCAUUCUUCGGCUGCAUUCUUUCCAGCCUCUAAAAAACGAUAGAUGGAACCGAAAUAAGGAUACUAAACACACGCGCUAUAUAUAGCUUGCAUGCAAAGUUGGGCUUUAUAAGACGCAUAGUGGGCGGACAUCAACGUGUAUCACAUGCAAUACGUUGAAAUGUUUCUGGAAUUAGAUACCGAUAAAUGUACGACUUUUUAAUUCUUCAACGAUGAAUUAAAAUGGUGUGAUAAAACAUAAUACUAACAUGUUCUUAGAGUUAGCAGUGAGCGGUACGAUAAACUGACUGUGUAAUAUUCCACAUUGUAGAACAGAAUUACUACCAUUUAUGAUCAGAGUUUUAGAAAGAACAUUGUAUAUCGAUUGCAGCUUUCUACUUAAUCUAGAUAGAUAAAAUUAUCGGAAUACGCACAUAUAGAUAUGUAACUUUGAAGUUACACAACGUUAAUGAAACUAGAGGAUCAUUAUGCAACACACUUGUCUAAAAUAUAAAACAUAGAAUUCGGAUAUUGGGAUUCUAUUAGUUUCUAGCUAAUGAAAAUAUGAAAAAAUUACAAAAUAUAUAUAAUAAUAAUAAUAAACACAAAAAUAAUAUCAAAGCAAUUCUGUGACUAAUGAUUAUUCAAAAACUGUAUCUUUUCACUAGUUUCGUCAUAUCCGUGAAAGAAAAGAGAUCAAGAUUAUCUACAGAACAAAAUAAUUCGUUUUAUAAGGAUCUCUUUCAUUCGUAGGAUGCAAAAGAGCCUCGACUUGAGGGGCUCGGCUCGGCGUCGAAAACACUGCCUCCCGGUUCUAAAAUCGUUGCGAAAGAUCGUUGAUCCUCACUAGCGACCUUCGCGAAGAUACAAGAAAGGUCGUACCCGGACGUUCUCAAAUUUUUCCUAAAACCCGUCCCCGCGGUUUUUCUAAGUAUCGGCUCCCUCUCGUUGAUCGUCACAAAGACGUGUACACGAGAAAAGAGGCAGAGGAGAAGUCACAGAACAGAAAGGAGAGGGAAAGAUCGCGAUGGCCUCGACGUGCCAGCUCCGCCUCGCGAGGCUCGCAGCCACCAAGUGAAAGUAGGAUUUUGCUUUCUACCCGUGGCCAGUGACAAACGCGCCGUGCUCGCGAACUCGUCUCUUUUCUUCUGCGAGGAUGUGUCCGCUCGUCGUUGCUCGAUAAAUCAACGGGCACAGACACAACGUGACGAAAAAGGUUCGCGAAUUUCAGCGUCGUUACGAUGACAGUGUUGUACUGACAGUCGGGCGAACUGCCUCGAAAUCGUACCGAUACGAAAAAGUGCGCGGUGUGAACAAGUGGCCAGGAGAGGAUGUCGAGACACAAAACGAACGAUAACCGUUUCGUCGACAUGAUUCUGACGUUUCUAAUUCUCGGCUACGCCUUCGUGCCAACCAACUGUCAACAAGGAUCGGCCGAAUCGUGGGACAAAUUAUCGCGCCUGAUACCAACGAACUCGGUGUACGAACAACAGGACAAGAAUGCAUCUCCUGUGAAUAAUCCAGCGGAAAAGCUAUUGCUAUCCUUGGACGAAAACAAUGUCAUGGAGACAUCGAAAACGAUUGGAAAGAAAAACAAUCACGAAGAGGAAGUAGACGAGGAAGUUUACGAAGACGAAUACGAAGUUGAAACCGAUCCAAAAACGGAACAUGAAACUUUGAAAUUUCCUAAAAUCAACGAUUCCACUAAUGCAAAAUACGAAAGAGCUCCGUCAGAGUUAACCGGUCAGACAGAAGACAUGUCCAGAGACGAAGAUUAUGUGGAGGACCCUUCGACGAGUCAAUACGACACGUACAAUUACUAUAACGAUGAUUACUCGAGUCCUAAUCGGUCACGAUACCGGGCCGCAGAGGACGAACACGCUCGCGACUAUCCGGAUACAGAGGAAGAAGAAGCGGAGCCGAAGGAGCAUGGAGAACGAAAAGGAGAAGAAGAAGAAGAAGAAGAAGAAGAAGGAGAAGAAGAAGAAGAAGAAGAUGGGAAGAAACGACAGGACAACGACUAUGAUACGUCAGAGGAAGAGGAAGAAUAUUUCGAUUCUCACCACGUUGCGAACGUAAACGAUUCUUCGUCCGACCUGUUCGAAGAGAAGGAUCUAGACACGCCAAUUUCAACGACCAACAACGAGGAGGGUUCCUCGAUGGAAGGUAGCGACAAAACUUUUGCUUUUCUCGGACCACCAGAGUCGAGAAUAAAUUCCUCCGUUGAUAGUUCCAUCUUGAUCGGAGGAGCCAUAGUGUCGGUAGUAACGACGAAAAGCGUCGUCAAUGGCACGAUUUCCGUUCCAACCACAUCGUCCCCGACUACUACCGAACAAGUUGCCGCACCACCCUCCUCCACUUCUAUGGUAAUCACGGAACAACCUGUGACAGCGAUAACAACCGAGGAUACGUCUCGAAUAUUAGCUUCAGUUCAAACGAGUCGUAGCAUAUCUGGCGCUCGAUUCUUGCCGUUUCCUGUAAUAGAUCGUAUCGAACCGAUCGGUCAUACCAGCGAGAAGAAAACUUCGCCACCUCCAGAGUCCACGGAAAGCAUUAUCGAUAAAUUGGACAGGGUACAGUCGGAAUUGUCCAGCGGUUUUCUCGCCGGUGGCUUCCGAACUGCCGGCAAUUCCCUUCAAUUGGACGUUUUGAACGAAAGAGACAGGAAUAAUCGCAGAAGGUAUACUACUACCGCUAAGACGCCGGUCAUUAGCAAGUUUGUACCGCGAAGAUACAACGAUAAGAGAAACGAUCAUGCUACGCCGAAGCCGAAAAUCGAAACGACGCUUGAUAGUUUGGAAGGGUUGUUACCGCGUGAUUACGUUACGAGGAGUUCGUCGACGGUGUCGACGCUUCCGAAGACUGGAUUUAGAUGGCCGACAAAGAGCACAACUAGCACGACAGCAGAACCAACCACGACUCAACUCGCGUCAACUGCCUCCAUUGCCAUGGCGAAAAAACCUAAAACCAACGUGAUUGUUCAAGACAUAAGUGCCUUCUUACCACCCGGAUACAAAUUGAAGAAAGAGGACUCAACUGUUACAGAAAGCUCCCUGUUAAAGGAUAUUCUGGCGAAAUCUAAGGUCGAUAUAUCGUCGUUGUUACCAGCGGAUUAUAACAAGAAGAGAAACGAGGAUGACAUGAUAACAAUGACGACAACAGCGAAAAGUAUAGGCGUUUCGUCAGAGAAAUCACCAGCUGAGAAAACGAUUCAGGAUUUGUUCGCUAAAUCCAAGGUUGACAUUUCUUCCUUGUUGCCACGUGAUUACGAACAGAAGAGGAAGAAUCUUAUUUCAGAGCCGGGAGACGUUCAUACUGAGAAUUUUGCCGAAUCCAAUGUUUCUGUGACAACAGAAUCUACUUCGUCCACGACGAAGAAAUCCUCUGGUUUGAAACUCGUGUUUCCUAGCAGGCCUGGCGGACGCAAAGCAAUUAAUAAAAUCACCACGCCACCCAGUCCUCGAGGUGAAGGACCUGGCACGGUUACGCCGAAAAUACACAGAGGAUGGCCGAUCAGAGUUACCACAGAAUUUACCGGCUGGCCUAGUUCGUCGACUACCCCGAUCUCGAUAGAAAAGAUACUGGAAGCUGCCCGAACCGCAACGAUUUCGUCUGCGUCGCUAAUCCCGAUAACCGAAGUAACGUCCAGCACUACGACAACGUCGACUACGACGACAACGCCUCGACCAACCACACCAGGAAUUUGUGAGCAAGAUUGCGAAGUCGCUGGAACUAUAAAGAUAAUUGGUAAUACAAGCUGGGUACCGGAAUUGCUUGAUCGAAAUACUCAAGAAUGGCAGAAACUCGCCAAUGAAAUUGAGCGAGAGAUGAACUUUAUAUUCUCAAAAUCUGCUGUCCUAGCAAAAUGGUAUAAAAAGAUAAGAAUCGAUUCAUUCAGCGAGGGUAGUAUUUUGGUAGAUUAUUUUGUUGAAUUGGCCAACUUGGAGCAAAAUGUUAAUACGCAGGAAUUGAAAGUUAUUUUCCACGAUUCGUUACGGACUUAUAACGCAAACAGGUGGAACGAAACUAAAACGAAGAGUUCGAUAAAGCUUGGAUCGUUUACAAUCGAUCCGAAAUAUACGGAUUUUGUAGUGAUACCUAAAGUAACAACUCCCCAAUACACUGAAGAAGACGAUAGAUUAGUUCCACAAUGGGCAAUUGCUGUAAUCGUAAUUGGUGUUGGUGGAUUAGUCUUUAUCAUUAUAUUUGGUGUCUCUGUCUUAAUAAAUCGUCAUAAUGCUUCGAAAUUGAAAAAACCAUCUAUAUCUACGAUUUACGAAGAAGAAGUAGCAAAGAAUAUUACAGCUCAUAGAUCUAGUGAUUACUCAAAACCGGUACAUACGAUUUGGACUGACCCAGACGUUUCUUGGAAUGACAAGUCUUUCGAAUCGACUUCCAACAAGAUUCUUGUCGAGAAAUCUUUUCAAGACAAUAAGAAAUACAACAUGUACGAUAGUUGGAGAUCGCAGUGGAACGGUUAUUAUUACAACGGGUCUCAUACUAGCAGUAAAUAUGGCGGUUACGAUAGUACAACAAAUUUAUCAAGUCGUCAUCAUCCUGAUUACGAUACAAAUUUCUAAAUUUUACGGUAAUAAAGUAAAAUUUCUAUCAACUCUGCUUUCAUUUAAUUUAUUCAGUGCCUU